GGCACGCAGGCACGCAGCCAGCUCAUUACGAAGACACAUGCUGACGUCACGAGCACGAGUGCACGCGGUCCCCCGCCUCUAGGAGACGUCGAUGGACUCCCCAGGCCCCAAGGGACGAGGCCUCAGCAGGCCCAGUCGGGGCCUGGAGACCAGCGGCUGGGAGCAGUGAGCUGCAGCUGCUUGCUCCUUGCCGAAGCUCCAGGAAGCAUGAAUGCUGGCCCUGAGAUUCCUCCUCUGGCCCUCGGGGGCUGCUCUCCUCCUCCCUUUGCAGGCCUGCUCUGCACUCAGCGUUCACCUAGACUCUGGAAGUUGUUACCUUGUUGUGGAGUGUAUUGGAUUCCAGGCUCUCCCCACUCAAGCCCGACUGACAGAUGCUUGAGAAUGGCCCAGCAUACCUUGGAGGCAGUGACGUCCUCUGGUCAGAAACUUCAGCAAGGGGUCUUCCUGAAGUGGACACGGAGACCGAGUUUAUUGAGACUCCACUAUCAAUGUCGGGUUGGACGCUGUGUCCAACAGCCUCCCACGGUCUGGCCCAAGCCAGGAACGAGGCAGCUCCUGCUGCAUCACAAACCUCCGGGCAGCCGGGAUCCAGCGCUGUCUAUCUGGCCCUGCCCAGGCAGUUGGAGAACAGUGUCACGGCCCUGCCUUGCACAUCUUCAGACAGCCACGUCCGGGAACAGGGCCCUCGGUGCCCAGCACUUUUGGUGGCAGUCACAGCCCACAUCAGGUUCCUUCUCAGAACCAGUUCACAUGCCCACAGAGGCCAGGGCCCUGCCUGCCUCUCCAUGCAGGGCAAGAGAGCCCUCACUGGCAGCAGACUGAGUACAACCUGGACCGCUCUGCCUUCUCAUCCAGGUAAUUCUGCUCAUGCUUCUCAUCCCAGUGAUUUUGCAAAACCCAGAAGAGGGUGCCCCCCCUGGGGAUACAGCAGUGAACGGAAGGGGCAGAGCCUGCUCUCAAGGAGUGCCCGUCUGAGGAUGCCAGAUCUGGAAUGGGAGACAAGCCUUCAAUUCUUCCUCGAAUCCUCAUCCUUUUGCUGUGGCAGGGAAUUGCAGAAUAUUUCCCAAUAGACGGAUGUGUUCUGCCCCACCCCUGGAGUUAGGGUCAAACAUGGGAGUACAAUAGAAGUCCAAGGGCAGGGGGACUUGUGCUCCCUUGCUGGACUGUACCCUGAAAACUUCUCAGCGUCCUAGAACUCCCCUCACACUAGAUCAGCAUGACUCAGCUGCGGAAGUGUCUGGGGCAGCCCCCUGAGUUUGAAUGGCACUAAAGUGGCGUGGGAGAGAGAGCCACCCUCCAAAGGAUGUCACAGUGGAAAGUGGCUUGGACUGUGUACCAGGACACACCUGAUGUCCUGAGGAGGAAGACACCUCAUUGGAAGUCAGCACGAAGGGGUGCUGUCUCUUAGGGCCAGAUGGGAUUGUACGUUGCAGUGGAUGCUGGCAGGGACAGUUGCCAAUGACAAGGAUCAGAUGCUCGCUUGUGCUUUCUCUCUCUCUCCAGAUGCCAUGGAACUGAGUAAGCCUCACAGAAUGUAGGUGGUAGCCAGGGGCCAAGGAGGAGAAAAUCUUGAAUUGCUUGAUAAUGAUCAUUUGUACUUAGAAAGAAAGCCCUGAAGUAACUGGGAAAGUGUGGGAUGGACUAGAUUAGUUUUUCUGUCAUCCGGUGGCAUUGAGGCUCAAGACAGGGUGCAUCUGUGGUAGGUAGAAUUCUAUAUAGCCUCCACAUUUCCUACCCGCCCCCCAAUGUACAUGUCCUUGUAGAAUCCCCUCUCCGCCCUUGGACUUGAGUGGGCAGAAUGGACUACCUGCUUGUAAACAAUAGGAUAUGGCAAAGGUGAAGGGAUUUUGCAGGUGUAAUUAAGGCCCCUAAUCAGUUGACUUUGAGUUAAUCAAAAGGGAGAUGAUCCUGGGUGGGUCUGAGCUAAUCAGGCAAACCUUUCAAAGGAGGGCCAGGUCUUCCCUGAAGUUACAGAGCUUCCCCUGCUGGCCUUGAAGAAGUAAACUACCAUGUUGUGAGAAGGCCAUCUGGCAAGGAACUGUGAGCAGUCUCUGGGAGCUAGAUCGGCCCUUGACUGAUGGCCAUCUAGAAGAUGGGGACCUCAGUCCCACACCCACAAGGAACUGAAUUCUGCCAACAGCCUGAAUAAGCUUGGAAGAGAACCCAGAGCCUCAGGUGAGAAACCAGGAGGUAAUAGGUGGGUGUUGUAUACAAGCUGCUAAGAUUGUGGUAAUUUGUUCCACUGCGCUUAUUGGUCCCUCUCCCUCAUUCAUCAAUCACUCAGGCACCUGGCUCCCAGGCCUCCUUGGCUCCCUGAGUCCUGCCAUCAUCCUGGGUGAUUUCAUUUCUACCUGGGCUGCCCAUGCCACUCCAAGCCCCUUGACUUCUUCCUAACCUCCAGCAAUCUCUCUUUCUCUCAGCCUCAGCCCCCCACCUUCAAGGCUGCAUCCUAGCCCUUCUGAUUAUCAGGAUCUGCUCCACCUCAAACGUCUUAAACCUCAGGGUCCCACUCUCUGACUAACGAGCUCUCUCAAAGCCUCACUCUUCACCACUCUCACCCAACCUGCUUCCUCGCUGGCUCUCUCCACUUGCUGUCACUCUUGUCCUGCUGCUGCUACUGCUGCUACAGCCCAGCAGAAAAAAACGAAACCAAAACGGAACGGAACUGUGGUAACUGGUGCAUAAUUUUCUCUCUCAGCUGACCUUCUGCAUAACCCAGCAAUCUCAUGACGUUUUGAAAUGUUUUUAAGUUGUAUUAGUUUGCGAGAGCUACUGUGACUAAGUACCACCAACUAGGUGGCUCAGAGCAACAAAAACGUAUUGUCUUACACUUCUGGAGGCUGGGAGUCUGAAAUCAAGGUGUUGGCAGAGCUGUGCUCCCUCUGAAACUGGUAGGGGAAGGGUCCUUCCUUGCCUCUUCCAGCUUCUGAUGUUUUACUGGCAAUUUUUGCCAUACCUUGGCUUGCGCAUGCCGCCCUGCAAUCUCCAGCUUCACGUGGACAUCUUCCUUCUGUGUGUGCCUGUGCCUGCGUCCAAAUUUUCCCUUUUUAUAAGCACAUCAGUCCUAUUACAUUAGGUCCCACUUUGAUGACCUCAUUUUAACUUGCUUACCUCUGUAAAGAGCCUAUUUCCAAAUAAGUUCACAUGCUUAGGUAUUGGAGGUUAGGUCUCCAAGAAAUCUUUUUUUUUUUUUUUCUGAGAGGGGCCACAGUUCAACCCCUAACAGAAGGCAAAGCACAAAAGGCAUAUAAUACAAAGCAAAAGUCCUUUGCCUUACCCCUCAGCACCCCAUUCUCAUUUUAAAUGUUUCUAGUUUCGCUUCUUCUGGUAGUCUGCCUCUAUCUUUGUAAAUAUUAUGCUGAUAUCUACAUCAACUCUUUUGUGUCGUUGCCAACUGUAGACGUUAUCUGCUGACUUCCUGCUAUGAUAGAUGAGAUUCGAUUUCACUGAUCCUUUGCUCUUUUCAUGUCUAUGUUUUUAACUUUUAAUUAUGGUAAUUGAUCAAACAUAUACAAAAAUACAGAAAAUUGUAUAAUAAGCCUCACAUGCUCAUGCCCAAAUUUCAUCAGUUAUCAACUCAUGACCAAUUUUCUUUCAUCUCUCCCUACCAUUUUCCCCUCUCCUAUUAAUAGGUAGAUAGAUCACUAUUUUUCAGGUUUUCUAUUUAAAGGCACUAAUUUCGUGCCUUUAAAUAAUAUCCCUAUACCUCUAUUUCUCUUUCCAUCAACUACGGACACAAGUAUUGACUUUCUGCUUCGUACUGGUGAUACUAAUAUACCUGCAUUUCCCUCCACUUGUCUUCUUCCCUUCCUCCUCCCGACUGUCUGUUGAGGGUUGUUGCAGGUCGGUUUCCCGGGGAAGCAGGCUCUAGGAUGGCGAUCCAUGUGCGGGAGUUUCUUAGGGAGUGCUCUUAGGACCAGCACCUGAGGAAGGGGCGGGGCAGGAAGGAAUCAGGGUUGGGCAGAUGGAGAAGGUGUGCUGUGAUGCAGUCUCAAAAAGCUCCAGCCAACCCCACAGGGAGCACUGAAGCUGGGAUCGCCUUUCCGAGAUGUCCCACAUUGGGGCAAGAGGCUGGACCUUUAUACCGCCAAGUUGAAUCAUUGGCUGUGGGCUUGCUGAGUAUGGGUGUGACGUUGGUGAAGCUGACUGUCUUUAUCCAAGGCAGUUCCUGAGGAGAGCUGGCAGCACUCAAGCCAGCUAGGGAAAUAAGAAUUUGCAUCUUGAAGGGAGUUCUGAACAGCGUGCCAUAGCACCAUCAUAGCCGUAUUUGUAGUUUCCCAUUGUCCACUGUUCUUUAACCAUAAUUAAGUCUCCUGGGCUUUCUUACCGAUUGGUUCUCAAAGUUGAAAGGCAACCCACUGAGUUUGCAGUGUUAUGACUAUGGUCAUAUUAUUCAUUACAGUACAAUCUAUCUACCAUUUCCAUUUCUAUAGUUGCACGCCAAGACCCCCAUGAUGCUUAAAUGAGAAUGUUCAAAUGGAGUCUCCUUUCUGAUACACUUUACUUUUUGUCCCAAAUGUUACCAUGUUCUAGUUUGCUUUCUAUUAAACUUUGACUUUCUUCCAUA